AUGAAUUCAAGGAGAGUGAACAAUGUAAUAAAUCUUUUAAUUAAUGAAAUAAAAGUCAAAGAACAUAAAGAAAAUGCUAAAGAUUUAUCAAAAGAAAAAGGUGUAAACGUUGCUAAAUCAUUUUUGAAUGAUAAUUUUUCAGAUGAAAAAAUCUUAAAAUCUUUAUCAGAUAAAGAAAAAAAUAAUAAACAGGAAAUAAGAGAAAAAAGAAAAAAAGAAAAUGAAGAAAAAGUAAAUGAAGAAAAAGUAAAUGAAGAAAAAGUAGAUAAAGAAAUAAAUUAUGAUGAAGACAAUAUUAGUGAAAGUGAAAAAAAGGUUUUAGAAUUUUAUGAUGAAAAAAUUGAUAAUUAUAAUGAAGAAUAUGUAAAUAAAAAAUAUAGAUUUUGUACAAAAAAUUGUGAUUCAAGCCUAUGUUGUUGUGGCUGCUUUAUACCUGUUUGUUAUCAAAGCCAAAGACAUGAACAUUAUGUUAAUCAAUAUAGAAGCUUAUAUGCAGUUAAUGUAAAAAUAGACGAAGAAAUUAUAUUAAAUGAAGAUGAAAUUAAUUCAAAAAAUAAGAAAAACACAAAUGAUUUAGACAAAGGAAAGGAAAAAAAUGUAAAAAAGAAUGUAAAUAAUAGUAUAAUAACUAUAAAUGAAAAAAAAAGUAAAAAAGAAAGAUUAUUAAAGUAUCACGCUGUUUUUUGUAUAAACUGUAAUAAUCAUAUUGCAUAUUAUGAGAUAAAAGAAAAAGUAUUUCAUUUUUUUGAUGUUUUACCUGAUUAA